AAAAAGCUUAGUGGUAAGAAACGAUACCCGGCACACAAAUUUUGGAAGGCGUAUCAAACAAUCAAAGCUGAAGCGUCAUUGUAGCACAGUGAUGAGUAUCUUAUGUUUAUUAUUGCACAAACAAGAAAGUCGAUAUGAGAAGAAAUGGAUCUUCGAGCUAUGAACACAAGGUUCUAGUUUGCCGUAUCCACUUGCCAAUUCAGUAACAAAAUCGCACUUCGAUAUAUGUGCAUGUCCGCGUGUUGUGGUCUCUUUACUGCAACUAAAUUGCGCGUACUUACCGAGCUAUUGUUUAAAAUUGUGACGUUUUAUCUGUCGUACGACAACAAAAGAUCAACCAAUACAUUCCGUUUUCUUGUCUGGAUUCGUACUUCUCGCAAAUACACAGCUAAUACCGGCUCGCUGCCCUUUGCUCUGGCUCAUUACUCUGGACAUAUUGUUUAAUCGUCCGAAACACGCUCUAAUCACGGCUUUAUUGUUCGUGUCACUUAAGAGUUUGUUUGUGCCGGGCUACCGUCCAAAAUUCGCCGGCGCGUGAUGAAGCAAUAUGGUAUCAACACAACAAAGACCAUCUAAAGUCACAAACACAAAAGCUCAGGAGACAAAAGAACCAUCAGCCUAAUUAAUAUAUUACUGUGUGGUGUCAGCGCAU